AAGACGCACAAUAGACGUAAAUAUGGAAAAUAAUUCGAAGGCAUGCAGUAGAGGUAAAGUUGACAAGAAACUUCUUCGUAAACAGAUUAAAUCCAGUCACACUUUGCUGAAACAUGAAGGAAUCAGCACUACGUCGAAUCCCUCUAAGAGUUUAGUGGUGGCUAACGGUGGCCUGGGGAAUGGUGUCAGUAGGGAGGAGCUGUCUGCUGUGCUAAAAGAGAUGGGAGAGGUGGAGAGCCUCCUCAUGCCCCCUCACAAGCCCUACGCUUUUGUCACCUAUGGAUCUGAGGAGAUUGCCAGGAAAGCUCACGUCCACCUGAAUGGUCGAACACUUCAGCAUGGAGAGGAGAAUAACGUGACUCUCUACCUCAGCUUUGUUGCCUCGGUGCCGUGUGAGCAGCAAGCUUGUGUGACUUUUCCACCUGGACUGGUUUUGGUGGAGGACUUUGUUUCUCCCGUGGAAGAAGCUCUACUGCUUGCUGCUAUUGACUGGUCAUCCACUAGUGAUGCUGACACUGCACAAAAAGCUCUGAAGCAUAGAAGAGUCAAACAUUUUGGCUAUGAAUUUCGCUACGACAACAACAAUGUAGACAAAGACAAGCCAUUACCUGUAGGUCUUCCUCAGGAGUGUCAGCCUGUACUGGACAGAAUUAUGGAAAAUGGAUAUACAAAGUUCAUGCCUGACCAGCUGACUGUUAACCAAUAUGAGUCUGGACAAGGCAUACCUCCUCACGUGGAUACGCACUCUGCUUUUGAGGACACCAUCCUUUCACUAAGCCUGGGGGCAAAGACAGUUAUGGAAUUUCGUCAUCCUGACAACCGUGUAGUAAGCGUGUUUUUGCCAGCGCGAAGCCUCUUGGUGAUGCAAGGAGAGAGCCGUUACCUCUGGACGCAUGGAAUCACUCCUCGCAAGUUUGACAUGGUGCCCGCCUGCGAUGCGCAAUGCUCGGCUCCGUCUACGCGUGACAUUGGUGCCCUCAACCAACUCACCUUGAGCAAAAGGGACACUCGAACGUCUUUCACUUUCCGCAAGAUCAGACAUGAACCUUGCUGCUGUGCUUUUCCCUCCGCCUGUGAUAGUCAAGGAGCUCCCUCUCCACCCUCCCCUCCCUCGCUUCCUCGAGGCCACGAUGAUGCUACCCGUCUGGAGGAAGAAUAUGUUCACAGGGUGUAUGACGCAAUCGCCCCCCACUUCAGCAGCACGCGUCACACCCCUUGGCCCCGUGUGUGCCACUUCUUGUCCUCGCUCUCACCUGGGAACGUGCUGGUCGAUGUUGGCUGCGGAAAUGGAAAGUAUCUGGGGGUGAACCCGGAGGCCAUUAGUGUGGGCUGUGACCGGAGCAGCGCCCUCGUCCAAAUCUGUGCCCAGCGAGGUUUCCAGGCAUUUGUUUCCGAUGCCCUCUGUGUUCCGCUUCGAACAGCUUCUUGUGACGCCUGCAUCUCUAUAGCCGUCAUACACCACUUUUCCACACCAGAGCGUCGCUUGGCAGCUGUGAAGGAGUUGGUGAGACUUUUGAAGCCUGGGGGUCAUGCUCUCAUCUAUGUCUGGGCCUUCGAGCAAGAGUACAAGCAGCAGAAGUCCAAGUACCUCAAAGACUACAACGCUAGAAACAAUGCGGUCGAGGACAACCCAGAGCCUGACGGAAAAUCAGAAAGCAGCCCUGAACAUGACAAGAAAAGAUCCUCGGAUGAAGCGACUGCUGACAAACUUAGUGUUCAUAUUAAUCGCACAGCCUUCAAUUCUCAGGACCUUCUUGUUCCGUGGCAUCUGAAAGAGGGGAAAGGAGGGAAAACAAGGGAGGGUGACUCAGAAGAGGCGUGUACAGAUAGAGAUAAAACUAAGUGUAAAAAGCUUUCAAAAGACUCUUGUCCAGACAAUCGUGACUCAAGCAUUAGAUCCUACUGUAAUGUUGACAGUCAUCAUGAGGCAGGGAGCCAGAGUGGCCAGGCGCCUGUCUUCCACCGUUAUUACCACGUGUUCCAGCAAGGAGAGCUGGAGCAGCUGUGUGUGCAGGUGGAGGGAGUCAAAGUGCAAAGUAGCUACCAUGACCAGGGCAACUGGUGUGUUGUUUUAGAGAAGGGAUCCGGAAGUAGAAAUUCAUCUGGAAAAUAAUGCAGCGUAAAUCAUGGUGAAAUCAAAGAUUAUUUUAACAGCCAAAGAAAACACAUCAUAGAACUAGACAUCUGCAGUAGUUAAAAUGUUAACAAAAGUCAAAAUAAAGCAGGCACACUAUUUUAUUUCGUAGUGUUUGAUUAUGAGGCACAUUUCAACUUUAGUUAUAAAGCACUUUAAAAACAACCACAUCUGCAUACAAAGUGCUGUACAUAAAGUAAAAAUCAGACAUAAAACACGGAACACAAUAAAACAGUAUAAAAAUGCUGAGUGGAAAGCCGAAGAAUAAAAAUGUUAUAAAUUCCAGUAAGUCUUGUCAGUCAUCCUUAAUCAAAA